AUGGCCGCCUGUGUAGUACAGUCCAUGUUAUAAAGCUAACCAACUGCACCAUGUUUUUUUGUUUGUUUUUUACAAAUAUGAAAAGAAAAAUAUACAGCUAAACUUUCACUUUGCUGCCCAUUUUCAGGUCUUUAACAUGACGAGACGGACUUCAGUCAAGAGUUAUGUUUUUUUUUUCACAGAUGAAAAGAGUUGAGCCCCCACUAGAUGAGAGGAGCAUACAAAUCGCUAGCUAGCUAGCUCAGUCGGCUGUAGUUCUAGUCGAGACAAAUCAUUCAGAGGAUCCCACUUCUGGACACCAAAUUGGGACGCUAAUGGAAACAGAUAGACUCGGCAGCUUUGAAGUGUUGAAUUGGCUCAGCGGGGGGUUUGAAAUUGAGCAAAAGGCAAGAUGCUAAAGUGCCAGGAUGAGGAGGACACAAGGUCAAGGUCAAAGCUGAGUCAUAUUUCCUGGAGAACUUUGCUGGAUUCAGGCAGUUUCACUUUUGUCUGGAAUGAGGAAGGAGCGUAGCUGAGAUGUGAGGAGUGAAGAGCUGGGCGGUGUCCGGCCGUUGUCGAGGCAAGAAUGAGGAGAAAGAACUUUUGUGACUUGUUCUACCGGAACAUCUCAUAUGAUGGCCCAGGAGUAUGUACUGAAACGGAGGACUGAGAUACUGGGGGCCGUGUGCGGCAGCGGCUCGGCUGAGCAUCUGGAAAGAAUUCUGGAUGUCCUCCUGGCUCACGGUGAGCUCUCAUGGGAGGAAUACCAGUCCAUCCAAGUCCAGGGGAGACCACUUCACACCAAUGCCAGACACCUUCUGGACCUUGUCUACACAAAGGGAUUAGCUACCUGUGAGAUUUUUGUCGAUGCUCUCCAACAGGUCCUUCCCGAAUGUCACGGGGCAGGACUUUGCUUCACUGGAGGUGUCUCAAAGGUAGAAGAAAGCAAAGACGCCGUAAGAACGUCCACUGAGACUCUUCUGGGUCAAAGACCAGUCCUGGUUGGAAAGCUGCAAGGCUGUGUUGAUGGUGCUUUGGAAGCCCUGCUUCAAUUAGGACACUUCACUUCGGAGGACUGCCAUGAAAUACGACUGCCGAUACACACCCCCUCUCAGCAGGCCAGACGUUUGCUCGAUCAUGUCGGCUCCAAAGGUGAAUCGGCGGCCAACGUCGUGCUUCAGUACAUUGACCACAAGCAACGGUCUGGUGGAAGUAACCAGACAGAGGAGAAACUUACCCCACCCACAGAGUUCCUGAAAUUCCAGAAGAAGCUCCGCAGUUCCGUGUCGGCCCAGUCCAGUUUCCUCAGCACCUACGGGGGCACCAGCCACAUGCCGCUGGAUGACAUCUACACCCAAGGCCAGCUGGAACUGCCACACGACUGCGAGGUUCGAGGAGAUUUGGAUCUGGGGGACAUCGUCGGUACGGCGGGCACCGUGAACGAGGAAGCGGACACGGUUCUAGUAUCCGGGGACGCGGGAAGCGGGAAGAGCACCUUACUCCAAAAGCUGCACCUGGUCUGGGCUCGGGGCACCGCCCUUUCAGAGUUCCUCCUCCUUUUCCCUUUCAGCUGCCGGAAGCUGAAUUUCGAACUGAAGGAGCUGUCGGUUCAAGACCUGCUUUUUCAGCACUGCUGCUGGCCUGAUCGGGAUCAGGAGGAGAUUUUCCACUUCAUCCUGGACCACCCGGAUGCGGUCAUCUUCACGUUCGACGGUCUGGAUGAGCUGAAGCAGAGCUUUUCCGACGGGCACAGGAUCUGCUGCCCUACCCAGGCUGCUCCCGUUCACGUCCUGUUGUUCAACCUCCUUCAGGGUUCCCUCAUGAAGGGGGUGCGGAAGGUGGUAACAAGUCGCCCAGAAGCUGUAGGUCCGAUACUGAAGAAACAUCUCCGCAAGGAAAUCUUCCUCAAAGGCUUUUCCCCAAAUGGAAUCGACCGUUUUGUCAAGAAGCAACACCACGAUGCCGUGGUGGCUGCUAAGGUUCUGGCUUCCAUUCAAGCCAACACGGCUUUGCUGGGACUUUGCCACAGUCCGGUACUUUGCUGGAUCGUCUCGCAGUGCCACAAGGAGCUGCUAGGCUGCGGAGACGGAACGCCGCAAACGAUAACGGAUGUCUACUUAAUGAUCUUGCAGCACUUCCUGCAGCACCAAAGCUCCUUUAAGACCUCCAAGGUGUCAGGUUGGCUUCAGGAGCAUCUCACUACCGUGUUGCAUUUAGGACAGCUCGCUUUUCAGGGCGUCGGAGCAUCCUGUUACAUCUUCUCCAGCUCAGACUUGGACGCUUGCUAUGUCACGGAAAAGGAUAUCUGCACAGGGUUCCUCAUCCAAAGCAAAGAUAUGUCCGACCGUCACGGUCAACGGUACGAGUUCCGUCACGUCACCAUGCAGUGUUUUUUCGCCGCUCUGUACAUCGUAUUAUCCAACAACGCCGACCGCUCCACCAUCACUAAGCUCUUUGAACUACACGAUAUGACCGAGACUUGCUUCAGCAGCACCUGCUUCACUUCCUGUUUGACCUCGGACCAACAAAAAACUUCGGCUGAGACGCCGAAUCUUCAAAUCACCGCCACUUUCGUGUCCGGGCUCCUCUCUCAGAGACACCGACACUUGUGGUCCGUUUGCUCUCAGACUCCAUUAAUGGACAGAAAAGUGCAACAAGUAGUGAAAUGUCUCUCCAAGGGGAUGCAGAGGCACUUCAAGUCCAUCCCUCCGCCGGUUCAGGGAGAGAAGAAGAGCAUGCACGCCAUGCCGGGUUUUGUCUGGCUCAUUAAAUGCGUCUACGAGAUGCAGGAGAGCAAGAUGGCCAAGGAGGUUUUGAGCAAGCUGGAGGUGGACCACCUGAAGUUGACCUACUGCAACAUCGGACCGGUAGAGUGCACGGCGUUGGCCUACGUGCUCCAGCAUCUAAGGAACCCUGUGGGAAUCCAGCUGGACGACAACUCAGUAGGCGACGUGGGCGUGGAGCAGCUCCUACCCUGCCUGCAUAUUUGUAAUUCUCUUUACCUCAGAAAUAAUAACAUCACAGAUGAGGGGAUUCGCAAACUCAUUGCAAAAGGACUCCAGUGUGACAGAUUUGAGAAAAUUGCGCUCUUCAACAACAAGCUAACCGACGCUUGCAUGCAACACUUUUCUCACCUUUUGAGGAACAAGCAGAAUUUCGUUUCUCUGAGGCUUGGCAACAAUAACAUCACAUCAGAGGGAGCCAAACAGCUGGCAAGGGGGCUGGAAUCCAACCAUUCCUUGAAGUUUUUAGGGCUUUGGGGCAACCAUAUUGGUGAUGCAGGGGCAGAGGCCAUCGCCGGCGCCCUGGAGGGCAGCAAAACUCUAACAUGGCUCAGCUUGGUGAAGAAUGGCGUGGGAAGCGUCGGAGCGUGUGCCCUGGCCAAAAUGAUCAAGAGUGACACGUCGCUGGAGGAACUCUGGUUGACAGAAAACUGCAUCACCAGACAAGGAGUAGAGUGUUUGGUUCAAGCCCUUGAACAUAACACGCAUGUCAAAUCCGUAUGGUUAAUAAACAACAAUCUGAGUGCGGAGGAAGUAGCAGAGAUGGCACAACGUGAAUCAAGACUGAUCUUUUAAAAAAAAAAGGUUUUAUUUAUUAAAAUUUGUCACAUAAACUGUGAA